AUGGGCCUAUCCAACAUUACCUGGCUGGCCUCCGGUGCCUCCCAAGGCCGACGCAUCAUGGACGUUCUCGGCGCCUUCUGCGGCGGCGCAUCGUCGCCCCUCGCCAGGCUCUGCGGCUCCCUGAGUUGCCUCUUCACCCGACCGCCACGCACGCCAGACGAGCUGUUCGCCUUUUACUACAAUUUCCUCUGUAACUGGACUCAGACCGGUGAGCACCGGAAGGAAGCCUUCGAUGACGCCGGCGGCGCUGCGUGCUUCCGGCAGCGGGGCGUGACACUGGACGUCAGUACAAUCUUCCGCACCAGCAACCACGGCUCCGGGACGGACAUCCCUCACCUCACCGGAGAUCUCUUCUCCCUCGUACAGUGCAACGGCACUCCAGGUUCCGCUCCGUCACACCCCUGCGGCCCCUACCUCAAGCCCCUCGGCCACGACGUACGCGCCACCUUCUCCAAGGAACACGCCCACCUCUACCUCUCGUGGAUAGUGUACCUCACGGAGACAUUCUACGACCUGCUUAAGCAACUGCUCCAAGACUGCGAGCGCACCUGCGCCGACGUCUCAGCCACCUGCCACGCCAGGAGCUGCGACAACGACUGCACAGCCAAGCAGCGUCCACUGGCCCCGAACUCCAAUCACACUCCCGACUGCCCCUCCAUCACGGACUGCGACUCCACCACGCCCACACUCUUCCAGUACGGCUUCGCGCUCAGGGACGUCCACACCCUCGCCGGAUCCACCAGCGGCCACCAAGGCAAGCGGACCUGCCAGGAUCUCUGCAUGGCACUGCAAGUCGCCGUCAAGCAGAUGAACCCUCUCCACAGGCUGGCGCACGAGACCAUCCCCGAGUACAUCUAUCGCAUCCGUAUGCCCUUCCUCUACACUGUGCUCACACUCUGGCUCACCGCCACGCUCUACAUAGCCCACACUCUGCUUUACCGCCUGGACGUGCUACGCAUCCGCUCCCAUCUCCUCACCACCAGGGCCUCCCACCUCAUCGACGUCAAGGCGCUGCUCGCCGGCAGCCGCAAGAUGCUCUCACUCUACAAGGACGUCGACUACUUCGACGACGACUUUCACUCAUGA